AUUGCCGCACCCAAUCACCCAAAAACCACCAUGGCCAGCGUGGAAGACGCGCCGGCGCCCCCGCACCGACGCAUUCACCGCUCUCUGUCGGAUAGGUUGGACAAAUAUUGCUUCGCCAGCAGCUUCGCUGCCGGUCUGGAAUCUGAUGAGGAAAGCCUUGAUGACUCCUACGUCCCAGAAUACGCAGUGCUCCUGCAACAACAGAGGAUGGAUUCAGAGAAAUCCGAUGGGACCACGACGAGCUCUCCAGUGGUUCUUGGGGAGGCUUCGUCAUUCUGGGUAUCUGUGGCAAAUGUCACCAAGUCCUUGGUGGGCAUCGGUAUGCUGACCUUGCCCCGCGCCGUGGCGGAAGCCGCUUCUCCGGCUCUUGCCAUUCUGGGCCUGUUGCUCUGUGGAGCACUGUGCGCGGUGUCUUUCUUCUUCCUUGGCUACUGUGCUCACUUAACCAAUUCCGAGACUCUGCCGCGACUCUGGGAGCAAACCAUCGGACCUCAGAGCACCUUCUUCGUGGAGAUGGUGGUGCUGGUGGACACGGGCCUAAGUUGUGUGGCCUUCGCUUUGCUCAUUGGUGAUUACAUGGCCAAGAGUGUCGGCGGCCUCUGUCCGCAUCUUCCGCCGGAAGUCACGUCGCGACGCAGCCUGGUGGCCGUGGUGACGUUGUUGGCGUUGAUGCUUGGCGUGGGGCUUCAGUGGUGCCGGGUGGCAGCCAUUGAAAAUCGCCCCAUUGGCUGGAUUUGUCGGGACGAAGAUGGUUUGUUCAAGCAUCCAAAGUGGAGGAUAGAUUUAGCGUUGUUCAUGGCCUUAGCCGCUGCCGAUGUGAGCGAUGCGCCGCCGAUACUGCAAGGCUAUUUGGGCCGUUUGCGGAAGUCAGCUGCGGGCCUCAAGCCAGCUUCAUGGGAGCACUCCUGGAAGCGCAAGUGCGUGUUCAAGUUUGGACAAGGUCAUGCCUCUUGGCUAGUUUGCUUGGACUCACCUUUCCAAGUCGGCUGCUGGGUUUGCCAUUCAGCUGGCGUCAAAACAGCUUUUGGGAGAUUGGCCGUGACGAAGGUUCAAGCUCUUAAAUCUGUCAACUUGCAGAACCACGAGAAGCAGAAGGUCCAUGUGCAAGCUUUGGAAAAGCUUCAGUCCCCUGGCCAAAGCCAACCUGACCAGGAAGAUCUAGUGGAUGGCCACGUUAGUGGUUUACCUCUGUCAGUGCCAAGACUUGACAAAUGGAUAGCUGCAGUGAAUGCCCUGGUGGACAGAGCUUCUUACAGUGGGGUGCAGGGCCGCGUGGAGGCUGGCAGUGUCGGAAGCGCUUUGCUCGCUGGAGGCGACAGCAGCAGCAAGGUGGUCAGGCAGAUGUAUGCAUGUCUGGGGUCAAGAUUAGCGGCCUUGGACCUGGCUCGCAUCAAAAGAGCGGUUAGUGGAAGCCUUGCAAUCGACAAGGGGCAUGGGCACGUCGUAGUGUAUGGCAGGAUGCUGUGUACUGACGGCAUCUACGACUGGUUUCUGGGGCUUGGGGACCAUGUGCCGGAUAGCGACGAGCCUGACGCCAGCAGAUCAGUCCUCAAAAGCUUGGAAGACGUCUUGAAGAGAGCCUGCACAGUGCAUGUCGAAACAAGGAGAUUGCAGAAUGUCCACAGCAGCGAUGCAGACCACUUGGACAAUGAAGCUUUCAGCAACUUGAGACGCUGCUGUGUUUCGCUGGUGGCUGAUGGUGGCCCGACAGAGCAAAGGGCUUUGUAUGAGGCAUCUCCGCUGGCUUCUGGGUUGGGCGGCGCUUCAGCUGAUGAGUGCCUUUUCCCGAACUGCAUGCUCAUCACCCGGGAUCGAGCGCAUCGUUUUCGCUCUGUGGACAAACAGUUUUGGUCCAGUUUGCCAUCCAUUUUCAAGGACUUCUUGGCAAAGCUGGUGACUGGUCGGGAGGCUUUGGAAUGCUUUGGACCUGGUGCCACAUCGCGGGCUCAGGCUUUCGCAGCGAAGCAAAGGAAGGAUGUUGAGAGUGCUGUGGGCUUCAGUCGCAUUUUGAAGAGCUUUGCCUAUGCCGAGCACAGGUUUGAUUCGCGAAAGCGGCCGCUUUUCCGACUGUUCAGGUUGUUGCCGUUGGUCAUCGACUUGCUCGAGGAGGUCAGUGCCGCCGUGGGUCCCUUCGAUGAGGAAGACCGUGCUUGGGCCGCUGCGUUGCUCCAGGAGUUUGGUGGGGACGAGGGCUAUUGCCGUGUUGUGGGCUCCGCGGUGGCUGCUGAUGCACUAGUCAUGGCAUGGCCUUUGAUCAAAGUUGCCGACCAAGCUUGCGCAGACUUUGCGCUCGAAGCUCCAGCUGCUGCGCAGUGCCUUGCAACGCUGAAGCUGAUGCUUUGCCAUGGGGGGAUCUUUUUACCGGAUGCUUCAGAGACACUGACGCAUUGCGCUUUGCAUGCAGUGAAAGAACGACAAGUGUUCAUGGGCCGAGGGAAACCAGAGAAGCUUCGAACUGCGGUGGUUCGGUGGCCAGCCCCUGACACGCCUGAAAGACGGGAGCCAAUGACAAUUGCGAAGAGGUUCUACAACAUUUUUGAGACCUUCUUCAACACAAACUUUCCGGGGUACGAGGAGUUUAUUGCAGUUUUUGCAUACUGUGAGGCCAAUGCUUUCGGGGCUUUCAAUUUGUCUGCGCAGAUCGCGCUUCCCAACCGAGAGCGCUGGGUCAAAUUUCUGUGUGAGCGAUUUGGCAUUGACGGGUCCGAAGCUUGGAAAAGUUGGCUCGGCAACGGUGAGACCACCGGUGUUUUUGUACGAGCGCAAUGGCAUUUUUCCAUGCAUGGGGUGAAGGAAUUGCACCGGACCAAAUCUGCAUGCCACGCACCAGAGUCUCCUCACCAAGAAGCAUGGCUGGCGACGUGGUUCGAGAUUCGCCGGGUCAGCUCCCAUUCUGCUGUCUGCCGCUUGGUGGAGAUUUACUUGAGUGCAUUGAGUGGAACUGGCACCGUGGAGCGGUUCAUACAUCUCAAAGGCGACCUAGCCCACAGUCGCCCGAAUCUUUCCACCAGGAAUUUGGAAAUCAGCUUGAAGCUUUUGGUGCAAGAUGAUGGGGGUCGCCGCCGGUCCCGUUUGGAUGCAGAAUCUUUGUUGUGCAAGCCAACCUCCGCAAAGACCGCUGGUGGAGCCACAGCUGUGCACCCUGCCAGUCAAGUGCUUUUGAGAGCUCAGAGGCUGUAUGCAGCCUACUUUGGCGAGAAGCCGGGCAAGGCCAGAGACAUGGAAGCCCAUUCCCCUACCUCGCUGUCUCGACAAAGGCUACUUGCACAAAAGCCGAGGCUUACAAUAUGCAAGGACAAGAGUGACAAGUCCGAGAAAGCGACCUUGGAGAAACAUGCUGCUUCUUGCGCAGCAGCGGCUAGCAAAGUCCGGGAAGGUGGCGUGAUGGAGGGUGUGCUCGGUGACAUCCCUUCGUCAGAUGGCGGGGCAUCCGAGUCGGGCAUCUUGAAUUCAAUGGCUCAAGCUGCUUGGCACAUGAGGAAGGAACGGAAGGCCUUCGUUCAAGAAGCUUCUGAAAGAGUCAGUGCGCCAUCUUCUAGCUCAAAGGCAAGGACGGACGCAACAGCAAAGAAACGAGCCUUGGAGGCGUCGACGGGAACUCCACAACCAGUUUCCAAAGUGCCAAGAGUUGCUGGAGAACAAGCUGUUUUGAGCGAGGAAGAUUGGGCUGCAGCUGACAAAGCUGUGGCAAACCAGAAGGCCAUUGCGGAUAAGAAGGCUUCAGUUUUUCGAGCUGCUGCAGCAGGGCAACCUGUGGAUUACGUGGAUGCGAAAGGUGGCCUGAUGCGGCCGAAAGGCGCCCCUCCAGUAGCAGCAGCCAAAAUGCCUUCGUUGCCACCUGAGCCUUACCUGUUCUUGGAAGGGGUCAGGAAGAGCGAAGCGAAACAAUGCACCCACUUGCCUGAAAAAUGGAUCCGCACCAAGGAGAUCAGGGAGGUGCACUUGGUCUUGGUGAAAUCGGUGCCACUCAGCUGGCGAGGGCCAGCGGCUUUGCUGGCGCGAAUGGUGGGCGCCAGGCUUAUGGACCUUGAAGGCAGGAUGACAGCAUUCAGAGGUGUUCUGCGCCAUUGCCACAUGGUACUUUUUGUCACCUCCGGAUUUGAAAGCAAGCAUCCAGAUCACGCCAAAGUUCUCCGUCAACUGGGCCUAUUGAGUCCUUUCAUGACUGUGAAGCAGAAUCAGCAGCGCCGGCGCUUGGAAGUUCAUCGCGGCGAUGUGAUUACCAGGGUGGAGUGGCCCACACUUACACAUGUCUUGGUGGCAGAAGCCGAUGCAAAACCCCUCCGAUGUCAGGAUCUGGAUGGAAAGGAUGUCAAAGUCAAAUGUUUGGAUUUGACAGAAUUUUUGCACUUGUGUUCCAACUGCUAUGAGCCGGCCUAG